AUGAUUGGAACAUCAACUGCUGAGUACUUCUUCAUACGGAUCUGCAUCAUAUGUCUUCACAACAUUGCACCAUUAAGCAUUUUGUAUGGUAUCCACUUACUCUUUGUCCAAUUUCUUCAUCUGCCAAGUUAUCUUGAAAGCAUACCUUACUUGAUCCAGAUCUGGCUGAUAGCAGAAUCAAUAUUCUUCACCACCGUCUACAUACCACUCAAGUACGCUCUCAGCUAUUCUACUACCUUACAUACACCUUUGUCUGCAGAGGAAAGAGAGAAAUUGUUUAGUAGCUGCAAUGCAACUGUACCGAACAUGGAGAGUUAUCUCCGCCAGUGGCUUCUGGUCCCAGAAACCAAGCCCAUCAAGCGAGGCGAUGUUAAAAACUUCAUCAGGUGGUCAUUGUUUGGCCCCGGAUCUACCGGUAAGCAGGUUCAGGAGCAUGAGGAAGAAAUUGAGAUGUAUACAACGGAAAUUGAGAAGCAUAUUGGACGAGAACUUCCACCGGGAAGAAUGGAUGUGAAAGGCGGCAAAUGCCUAGGACAGCUUCUAAAUGAAUCAAGCGGCUCUCACCGAAGUCUGUUAUGGUACACUUGUGUCUUUGUGGUCGAUGCAAUAACUUAUUACAAGAUGUUGCGUAGUGGAUUUCAAUUUUACCGCAACACGCUCUGGAGAUUCUUCGCCAUCUUUCCAUGUCGCCCUCUUACAGUACUAACAGCCCACAAAUCACCAGCGCGGCAUCUUACAUACUGGCAUCGACAGCAUACAUCUAAGAAGCAACUACCAAUACUGUUUAUACAUGGCAUCGGAGUUGGCCUGUACCCUUACACGAAUUUCUUCCAGGAGCUCAGCAUGGAGCUAGAGACAGGAGCGACUGGCGAUGGUCAGGUUGGCAUCAUCGCACUUGAGAUCAUGUCGAUCAGCUCUCGCAUAACUUAUCCGGCCCUGCAGAAAGAUAUUAUGAUAAAUGAGAUCAUGGAGAUUAUGCGAUAUCAUGGAUGGACGCGGUUUGUGCUUGUGUCUCAUUCGUAUGGUUCCAUAAUUGCUGCGCACCUUCUAAAAUCCAAACGAUUUGCUGCACUUGUCGGACCUACUGUCUUCAUUGAUCCAGUCGCAUUCCUCCUUCAUCUACCCGAUGUGACAUAUAACUUCAUAGUCCGUCAGCCCGCGCGGGCUAAUGAGUAUCAGCUUUGGUAUUUUGGAAGUAAGGACAUAGGAGUUGCGCAUACGUUGGCGAAGAGAUUCUCGUGGAGCGACAACAUCAUUUGGAAAGAGGAUCUCGGGGUAAACGGUGAAAAUUUUCGGAAGAUUGGGCGAAACGUUACUGUCGUUUUGAGUGGUAAGGAUUUGAUUGUGGAUACUGAAGCAGUAGGGCGGUACUUGGUAGCUUCAUCAGAAGUAAAUGCUCAGAAAGAAGCCACACAAGCAUGGAAACACAAGCCCUGGACUGGCUAUGGACUUGAGCUACUGUGGUAUGAACAGUUGGAUCAUGCACAGGUUUUUGAGUCUAAGGAUACCAGGCUGCCAGUCAUUAAGGCCAUCUCUUCAUAUUCAAAUAUAGAUUAA